GUUGGCGGUGCCGGCUGUUGUUUUACAACACUGAUCUCAAGGGAGCAUUUUUUUCUUUGCUGCUGUGUUUUCAAGCAAAAAUAUAGUUUAAAUUAAAUUUCGCACGAAGUUCCAACAAAAAUGGAUGUUCGCCCGAAUCAGACCAUCUAUAUUAACAACCUGAACGAAAAGAUCAAGAAGGAGGAACUGAAAAAGUCCCUCUAUGCCAUCUUCUCGCAGUUCGGCCAAAUUCUCGAUAUUGUCGCCCUGAAGACACUAAAAAUGCGCGGCCAGGCAUUUGUUGUAUUCAAGGAGAUCGGCAGUGCAUCCAACGCGCUGCGCACUAUGCAGGGCUUCCCGUUCUACGACAAGCCCAUGCGCAUCGCCUACUCCAAGUGUGACUCGGACAUCGUGGCCAAGCUUAAGGGCACAUUCAAGGAGCGCCCCAAGAAGGUGAAGCCGCCAAAGCCCACACCGGGUAUCGAUGACAAAAAGGACAAGAAGAAGAAGCCGGUUACCACUGAAAAUUCGAAUCCAAAUACGCAAACGGAGCAGCCGCCAAAUCAAAUUCUCUUCCUUACCAAUCUGCCGGAGGAAACCAACGAGAUGAUGCUGUCGAUGUUGUUCAAUCAGUUCCCCGGCUUCAAGGAGGUUCGCCUGGUGCCCAACCGACACGACAUUGCCUUUGUCGAGUUCACCACAGAACUGCAGAGUAAUGCCGCCAAGGAGGCACUACAGGGCUUCAAGAUUACACCCACACACGCCAUGAAGAUUACUUUCGCCAAGAAGUAGGACCACCAAGGCUGUAGUGAAACUGAAACACCCCCGAAGCCCCGAGCCCACUUUUUUUUAACGUGCUAAUUUAAAUAGAAUAAACCAAUCCAUUAUAAAACGAAACAA